CACUUAGCAACCCACCAGUCUUUCUUACUGUCUUGAAACAUCAAAUUUUACCACAGACACUGUAAUUCAGCUACCUUUUUAUAUGGUGCAAGUCGACCAACGCAUACGCCCAGUACCCAAUUCAAUUUUCUCCUGCAUUUAAAAUUCACCCCCAUCUUCUAUAUAAGCCACCCAGAUCCUCCCAUCUUUGUCCACACUUGAUAAAAGAAAACCCCAUAACCAGAAGCAGGUUCUGAAUUACGCUCACCAACCAUGGGACAAACACAAGCGAAAAAACCCCAUAUAGCCGUUGUUCCUACUCCAGGGAUGGGUCAUCUCAUCCCACUAAUUGAGUUCGCCAAACGACUCGUUCAGCAACAUCCAUUCACAGUCACUUUUAUCAUUCCUAACACCGGGGGGACUUCUACUGAAGCCCAAAAAUCCACUCUUGCUUCUCUUCCUUCUUCCAUCGACCUUUUUUUUCUCCCUCCGGUUACAUUAAACGACGUCCCUGAAGAUUCAAAAAUUGAAACCAGAAUUUCUCUCACUUUGGUUCGCUCUCUUCCUUCUCUUCGCGAUGUGUUGAAGUCGCUAGUAGCUAAAACCUCGCUCGUCAGCUUGGUGGUCGAUCUUUUUGGCACUGACGCCUUUGAUGUUGCUAAAGAAUUUAAUUUGUCACCCUUCAUUUUCUUCCCAUCCACGGCCAUGGUUUUGUCGUUGUUUCUGUAUUUGCCCUCGCUUGACGAGUCUGUCUCAUGUGAGUAUAGAGACCUCCCUGAACCAGUGAAUAUACCCGGAUGCAUACCCAUUCACGGUAAAUAUUUGCUCGACCCGGCUCAAGACAGAAAAAAUGAAGCUUAUGAAUGGCUACUCUACCAUACAAAAAGGUAUAGAAUGGCUGAGGGUAUUAUGGUUAAUAGCUUCAUGGAAUUGGAAGGAGGAGCUAUUCAGGCUCUGCAAGAGGCUGAACCCGGUAAACCACCAGUUUACCCGGUUGGACCACUUGUGAAAAUGGGUUCAAGUUCAAGCACAAGAAUUCACGAUGAUGAAUCCUUAAAGUGGCUUGAUAAUCAGCCACUAGGAUCUGUAUUAUUCGUCUCAUUUGGUAGCGGCGGGACCCUGUCUUCCCGUCAGUUAAAGGAGUUGGCUUUGGGGUUAGAGAUGAGUGAGCAGAGAUUUUUAUGGGUAGUAAGAAGUCCAAACGACGAGGUUGCUAAUGCAACAUAUUUCGAAGUCCAUGGCCAGAGUGAAUUUAUGAGAUUUCUACCAGAAGGGUUCUUAGAAAGGACGAAGGAGCGAGGUCUGGUGGUGCCAUCAUGGGCGCCACAGGCACAAGUGUUGAGCCAUGGCUCCACAGGGGGAUUCCUGAGCCAUUGUGGAUGGAAUUCUGUUCUGGAGAGUGUUGUAAAUGGUGUACCAUUAAUAGCCUGGCCACUUUAUGCGGAACAGAAAAUGAACGCUGUAACGCUGACCGAGCAUAUUCAAGUGGCAUUGAGACCAAAAGCUAAUGAAAAUGGCCUUAUUGAGAAAGAAGAAAUUGCUAGAGUCGUUAAGGGUUUAAUGGAAGGUGAAGAAGGUAAAAGUGCUCGCUAUAGAAUGAAGGACUUAAAAGAUGCGGCCGCAGCUGUGCUCAGUGAAAAUGGCUCCUCUACAAAAGCUCUGGCUGAAGUUGCUCUCAAAUGGAAGAACAAAAUUUCCAAUUAACCUUUUCUUUUAUGCUUUAUUUAUUCAAAUAGUUGUAUUUUAUAGACCGUGUGAUUGUAUGAUGAUUGUAGUCUUUCCCUGGAUGUGAAUAUGUUAAAUAAAAUAAUAAAUUUGUGGAGAA